UUAAAAAAAUUAGAAAAAUCGAUGCCUAUUGUCGCCGUUUCACAAUGUGAGAUGUCGGCGGCAGCGGUGGGGGCGAAUGCCCGUCGGUCAGAACUAACUGGCUAAGCGACGAUUCCGGCAGGCAUUCGGCCGGUGGCGAACGCUCAUCUUGAGGACAUUUCCAAACCACCUUGUCUGGGCACCAGUACUCCUCCCACUCUGCAAAUGGUGAUUGAGAUCUUGUCUAUUGCUUUGCUGCAGGUCCUCAAAACUUCGUCGCCUUCGAUGAUCCUGCUGCCGGCAAGCACGUGCUGCCAAGGGCCUCAUCUCCGAGGUUGAUGAAUCCUCUUCAGGUAAUCAUCAUCUCAUACUGGCUCGCAAAGGGCAUGUCUCUUGGCAGUCACGAAAGGAGUAUUAGGCGACAAAGGAUAAAGUACCGAGAAAGAAAUGAGUGGAGGAAGAGAAUUAGUAUAUCGUAGUUGUGGCCAUACAAGAGAACGGAUUAUGGGUUGCUCUAUCGCCAUGCCCAGAUAACCUCUUGCUUUAUGGAUUGGCUGAACAAAAUCUUUAAGGGUUCGAGCUAUAAAAUUUUGGGAGGACAAUACAGUGAAAAUUGUGGGAAUGAUUCGAAUUGGAAAGAACCCUCAAAUUUGUUGGAUGCCCUUUCAGAUUUUGAUAGUGAAGAUAUAGAUCGUGCUAUUGCACUCUCCCUUUUAGAAGAAGAACAGAAUAAGGCAAAGGAAAUUGAUACUGGGUCUCACUUGGAAGAAGAUGAGCAACUUGCCAGAGCUUUACAAGAGAGCAUGAAUGUUGCUUCACCUCCUCGUGAAGAUGGCUAUCUUCCUUCUCUCGGGAAUGACCAUCCUGGUUUCAUUGAGGAUGGCCAAUCCCAUUCUCGUGAAAAUGGGCAUAUGAAUCUUUAUCAACCAAUACCAUUCGUAUAUUCUUCAGGAUUCAGAAUUUGUGCUGGUUGCAAUGCUGGAAUUGGUCAUGGGCGCUUUCUUAGCUGUAUGGGCGCUGUUUGGCAUCCUGAGUGUUUCUGUUGCCGUGCUUGCAAUCAGCCUAUAUCUGAGUAUGAGUUCUCAAUGUCUGGUAACCUCCCAUAUCACAAAUUUUGUUACAAGGAACACCAUCACCCAAAAUGUGAUGUUUGCAAGCACUUUAUCCCAACAAACAUAAAUGGUCUCAUUGAAUACAGGGCGCACCCUUUCUGGCUACAGAAGUAUUGUCCUUCACAUGAAACUGAUGGUUCGCCAAGAUGCUGCAGCUGUGAACUAGUGGAGCCAAGAGACGCAAACUUUGUGACAUUGGAUGAUGGGCGGAAGUUGUGUCUUGAAUGUUUGGACUCAGCGAUAAUGGACACUACUGAAUGCCAAUCUCUUUACCUAGAUAUACAAGAAUUUUACGAAGGCUUAAACAUGAAAGUAGAACAGCAGGUUCCAUUGCUUUUGGUGGAGAGGCAAGCUUUAAAUGAGGCCAUGGAGGGAGAAAAGGGUGUACGAUUACUUUCAAUUUAUGAAGGACAUCAUCAUCUUUCUGAAACUAGAGGUCUCUGUCUGUCCGAAGAGCAGACGGUUAGCAGUAUACGUAGAAGACCUCGGAUUGGGACUGGUAACAGGGUAGUGGAUAUGAUGACAGAGCCAUAUAGACUCACCCGGCGAUGUGAAGUCACAGCCAUUCUAAUCUUGUAUGGGCUUCCAAGGCUACUUACUGGGUCAAUUCUAGCUCAUGAGAUGAUGCAUGCUUGGCUACGUCUUAAAGGGUACCGUGGACUGAGUCCAGAAGUAGAAGAAGGAAUCUGCCAGGUACUCGCUCAUAUGUGGCUAGAUUCAGAGAUCAUGUCAGGCACUGGAAGUUCUUUCACGUCCAGCUCAUCAGCCUCUUCUUCUUCUUCAGCAGCAACAAAGAAGGGUCGGAGAUCACAGUCGGAGAGGAAGCUGGGCGAUUUCUUCAAACACCAGAUAGAAUCAGAUACCUCAGUGGCAUAUGGAGAUGGUUUUAGGGCUGGCAAUCGGGCCGUUCUUCAGUAUGGCUUGAUAUGUACUCUUGAACAUGUCAAAUUUACUGGGAGUUUUCCUAUAUAAGUGUUAUAUUUCCUUUUUUUUCCCUUUGUCACAUAUAUACACACUCAUCUUAGAUUUGAGCUUCCACCA